CGUGGACCAGGUGAUGUCACUACACGUUCGAACUGGAGGAUGUCCCAGAGAAAGUGAAAAAAGACAGAGAGAGAAAAUCAACUUUUUCGAACAACUGCCAGCAAAAAGAGGGGAGGGGAAAGAAGUUGGACAUGAUCACUCUGGCAGUAACGUUUUCUUCCCCCCCUGGUAAGAAGGUUCCAGCAGAAAAAGCCUGAGGGGAAGAAAAACGGUGUGGAUUACAAACCGGACAGCAGCAAAAGGAUUUUAUCCACCUCAGCACGAAUAUACCGUACAUGUUGGAUUAAUGUGGUCGUAACUGCGGGGAUCUAUCAAUAGCUGUUGAGGUGUGUGUGUGUGUAUAUCCAGAGUAGUGUGCCAUGAGGAAUAUCAGCUCCUUCCUGGUUCUGCUCUCCCUCAGCCUCUGGUCAUGGGACCUGGUGACAUCAUCCAAAGAAGUACGAUGCCCCUCCCAACAGGUAGAUGACUGGAAGUUCCCUCAGACUGCCAGACACAACAUCACAGGUUACAAUCUGGUGCGGCGCUUCUCCCUGCUUAAGACUCCUGUAAUCAAGAAGAUCCGUAACCCCCGAGGGCCUGUUAUCCUCCGACUGGGCAAGACAGCACUCAUUCACCCCACAGAUCAGGUGUUCCCCCAUGGUCUUCCUGAUGAGUUCACGCUGGUCUUCACUUUGCUCCUCAAGAAGAAAACACUGAGGGACAACAUCUACCUCUUCCAGAUCUCUGAUGAACAGGGAUAUCCACAGUUCUCCCUUGACCUAAAUGGCCCUGAUGCCACCCUGUCACUGCGUGCACGGGGGGCCGACCCCCUGGGUGAGCCAGUUGGGUGUGUGUUCAGGGGGGAGGGCGUGGAGUCUAUCCUGGACAGUGGUUGGCACAAACUGGCCCUCAGCGUCCAGCAGAGGGCAGCCUCUCUACAUGUAGACUGCAGCUCCAUCCAGACCAAGCCCCUGGAGCCCCGCGGCGAGCUAUCGACCAAGGGACACACCCUACUGGGCAUCAGGACAACAGAUGCUGCCGCUGUGGAGAUGGACAUUCAGCAGGUAAUGGUGUAUUGUGACGCCUCCCUGGCCAUUCAGGAGUCCUGCUGUGAGAUACCUGGUGCUAGGUGCCCCCCUGACGCCCCCAAGAGUCGCCGCGCUGCCGAGAAUGACCUAGAGCAGCCGGUCCUUGCCUUUAACCAGGAAAUCCUUGGAUCCCAGGGUCUGGCAGAAAAAUGUGCUGGUUGUGUUCUUCUCAACGAUGACCUAAAUCUGGCCUCAGUUGGACACACUGGACAGCACAGAAUGAAGGGAGAGAAGGGAGAUCGGGGUUCAGACUGCAGUGAAUCUGGUACAUGCAAAGAGGGACGCAUGGGACAGAAGGGGGAGAAAGGCGAGUCGGUGAUGCCCGCUAACUGGGGAGAAGCUGUUGGACACAAGGGAGAUAAAGGACAGAAGGGCGAGGUUGGUCUCCAGGGACUAUCUGGCAACCCAGGAAAGGAUGGUCGAGCUGGAUCCAUCUGUGUGGUGGGACCCAAGGGACAGAAGGGUACCUCUGGAAAAGUGGGGCCCGAGGGACUAGCAGGAGAACCGGGAAACCCCGGACUUCCAGGAUUUCCAGGAAUUGGAAAACCAGGCCUACCAGGCACCCCAGGAGGACCACCUGGAUCGGAUGGAGAAAAGGGGGAUUCUGGGACACCAGGGAAAGAUGGAGAGCCAGGAGAUCCUGGUCCUAGGGGUCCUGGUGGCGGUAAAGGAGAUAAGGGUGACCCAUGUGAGUUGUGUCCCGUCCUGUCUGGAGACCUGGGCAACACUGUAGCCCUCCAUGGGAAGACGGGGCCCAAAGGAGAGCCUGGGGUACCUGGGAUAGGAGACCCUGGCCUCCCGGGUCUUCAAGGAUCAGAUGGGAAGGCGGGAGAGAAGGGAGAGGUGGGAUCGGAUGGGGUCAAAGGGGAAAAGGGUGAUGCAUGUGCUGUGUGCCCCACCCUGGGUGAAAUACCUGGUGCCAACAUGGUUGCUAUGAAACAAACUCUGACACUCAAAGGAGAGAAAGGAGAACCUGGGCUGGGACAGAAGGGAGAACAGGGGGAGGCUGGACUCGUUGGCCUGGCAGGGCUAAGAGGGGAAAAGGGUAACGCUGGUGGCAAAGGAGCUGACGGUAAAACGGGCAAAACUGGACCCAGAGGACUUAGUGGCAAGGAUGGACUGAAGGGAAUAAAGGGAGAUGCAGGGAUUCCUGGUCUGGGAACUCCAGGUCCUAAGGGCGAGAAGGGUGCGUCAUGUGAGGUGUGCCAGUCUUCUCCCUCAGAGGUGGGCAGUGGGACGUCCAUUGUCAAGGUGCUAGCAGGUACGCCAGGUGAACCUGGCCUUCCAGGGCCUCCCGGGCUUCCAGGAGUGGGCGCCGAUGGCAAACAGGGUGUGCCAGGUCUUGAUGGUCUAAGGGGAGAGAAGGGAGACCAGGGUGAGCAAGGAGACCAAGGAUUGGCCGGAACCCAUGGAACCCCGGGCCUGCAUGGAGAGCCUGGUCGGGAUGGACUAACUGGACUGAAAGGAGAGAAGGGAGAUGCGUGUGAGAGCUGUGCGACUGUCUCUGGGGGGCAGGUCAGUAUAGGAGGGGUGCAGGGAGCCAAGGGAGAGAGGGGCGACCCUGGAUCCCCAGGAGAGGGAACAGCAGGGAAACACGGUAAAGCAGGGCUUCCCGGUGUUCAGGGGCCUGUUGGACCUAAAGGAAGCCAGGGUGACCCAGGAGUUGAAGGGGUGGGCCUCGCAGGACCUCAGGGAGAAGAAGGACCCAGGGGCCUACCAGGGGUGGCAGGUCCUCAGGGAAUUAGAGGACUUACGGGACCUGUUGGGCCUGCUGGGGACAUGGGUCCUAAAGGAGAGGAGGGGCCUCCAGGGCCACAGGGGCCCAUGGGUGUAGGUGUUACAGGACCCCCGGGUAAAGACGGUAGAGGCGGUUCCAAUGGAAUCCCAGGAGCUGAUGGAAAAGAUGGAACUGAUGGGGUCAAGGGGGACAAGGGUGAACCUGGAGAGUGUAACUGUAUCAGCCCUCCACAUGCAGGAACAGGAGGAACAGGAGGACCGGGAGCCCCAGGAACACUGGGAGGAAACAUGUGGCAGGGGCCUCCGGGACCACCAGGUCCUCCUGGCCCUCCUGGGCCACAGGGCUUCGUCGGCAUCCCAGGACCCCAGGGUAUCCCUGGCAACGAUGGGGUAACAGGGCAGCCGGGUCUGCCUGGGAAAACUCCCCCUCCCCUUACCCUCCCUCAGCAUCUGAGGCUGCCUCAGGACCAGGACUCCAGUCGAGGAGAGGUAAGACAGGAGGAAGUGUGUGAGGACUGUUCCAAGGGCUUGCCAGGGGUACCAGGCAUGGUGGGCACCAAGGGAGAGAAAGGAGACGAGGGCAAGCCUGCCAUAGGCCACGCCCCUGACGGCUGUGAGAGGUGUUUCAGAAACCAAAGACUGCAGAGCGAGGAGGCUGCACAGGCACCUACCACCUCUAUCACCAAUGGAGCUAAUGGAGGCUGCUCUGGACCAGGAACACCAGGCCACCCAGGAACACCAGGAUUACCUGGAAUAAGGGGGGAGAUGGGUCCUCAGGGGCAAAGGGGACAAGCUGGUGUACCAGGGAAUAUGGGUCCUCCUGGUUUUCCUGGUCCUCAAGGCUCAUCUGGACUACCUGGUCAGCAAGGUGAGAGAGGGGCAGCAGGACCACCAGGUGUUAAGGGUGAAACGGGCCCUCCAGGGACUAAUGGAUACCCAGGUUCUAUGGGACCCCCUGGACUUCCUGGCCUGAAAGGCGAGCGGGGGACCCCAGGGGCUGCAGGAACGAAGGGAGAAUCGGGUCCACCAGGCAACCCAGGAUACCAGGGACAGGCUGGAGUAGCGGGACCCAAAGGAGAGGCUGGACUGGCAGGGUCCGACGGACCAAAAGGAGAUCAGGGCUCUCCAGGGCAACCAGGCUUCCCAGGGACACAGGGCCCCCCUGGUCCCCCUGGGAAACAAGGAAGAGAAGGACCACCUGGACCCAAGGCUGACAAGGGUAACGAUGGAGCACAAGGUCCACAGGGCCCAUCUGGACCUCCAGGUUCUCCUGGGUCUCCUGGCUUGCAGGGACCUCCUGGAUUUGAGGGAUUGGAUGGUAAAGAUGGGAAACCAGGGAUGAGGGGAGAGCCAGGGCUUCCAGGGGCGGCAGGACACAAAGGAAUGCCGGGUUUCAAAGGGAAGCAUGGACAUGUUGGCUUCCCUGGACAGAAGGGUGAUGCUGGGCCUGUUGGCCCACCAGGGUCAACUGGUAGACCAGGACUUGAGGGUGAUGCUGGAACCCCAGGGCCUCAGGGUCGACCCGGUCCCCCAGGACACCUUGGCACUGCAGGAGCAGCGGGACCCCCAGGCCCAGCAGGCCCAGCUGGAGUGGGUAUACAAGGUGAGAAGGGCCAGGCAGGAGACAGAGGGCUACCAGGGAUGGUUGGUCCAGCCGGACCCCCUGGCCAUCCUGGAAUGCAGGGAGAACCAGGCAGUGAUGGAGCAGCGGGUAAAGACGGAGCACCUGGUCUGCCUGGAGACAAUGGACAAUGUGGUACAAAGGGUGAGCCAGGUGCCCCAGGUCAGAGGGGUACCCCAGGGGAGCGAGGUCGCCCCGGACCCCCUGGUGGAGGGGGGUACUCCUCCAAAGCUGAUACCCCAGUGAUGGGCCCAGUGGGACCCAGGGGAGAGAGGGGCACCCCGGGCUCACCAGGCCCUUCAGGGUCCCCUGGACCUCCAGGAAUACCAGGCAACGAGCCUGUGGUCAACUAUGACAACAUCAAGGACUUCAUUCGCCAGCAGGUCAUCAAGAUAUUUGAUGAGAGGAUGGGCUACUUCAUGUCUCGUAUGCAGCAGCCACAAGAGGUAUCGUCCCCCGGUCGUCCUGGCCCCCCAGGGAAGGAUGGUAACCCAGGUAGAAAUGGGAGUCCAGGGGCCCCGGGUCAGCCAGGACAGAUAGGCAGAGAGGGCCGCCAAGGAGUCCUGGGCCCACAGGGUCCACAAGGUCUGAAGGGAGAGAAAGGUGACAAGGGUGUAGGGGAGAUGGGUGACAGUGGACCCCCAGGAGCACCAGGUGUCCCGGGCCCCCCAGGCUAUGGCAAGAUGGGCCCCAGCGGCCCCGUGGGUCAGCAGGGGGUCCCUGGAGUCUCAGGAACCCCUGGACAGCCGGGCCAGAAGGGCAGGGAGGGCCGGUGUAACCCCUCUGACUGUAUGAGCCAACCAAUAGAGUGGAACCCUAAGGGCCCUCCCGUCAAGGGCCCCUACUAGAGAGAGAGCUUAUUGAAGAGGAGAGGAGAUACAGAGAGAGAAGAUGGAGAGAUAGAAGAAACCAACCCAAAGACCAGAAGGCACUAGAGACAGAAGUGGAGGGGUAAAGAGAGAGAAAAGAGAAAACAAAAGACCAGUCAAUCAACAGAAAUCAUCAGGAAACAAGUGAAUACUGAGGCACCCAUCCCUAAUUCAUCAAAGUGUUUGCUACUCUCUGUCUUAUCGGUUCUGUUCAUUCCUUCAACAUUUCCCAACUUUAGCUGUCAUUUCAUUCUAUAAGAUAUACAUGCUUAGUUUGAUAAUACCAGCAAGAGCAAAUCCAGCCUUCAAAAAACUACCUGCAAACUCUUCCUCAUCAUCACUAUCACCCUCAUCUUCAUUCUGAUUAUAAAACGUGCCCGUUGGGAGUAUUAGACAGCUGCUUUGUGCUGUUCUGCUUUGAUCUUGCUUCUCUCUAGCAAUAGAAACAGAAUGAAUAGAACUGACAUGGCACUCCCAUUCCAAAUGUUCUUUAUUCUUUAUGCAUGCUAUGUUGUUUAUGUGAUUUCUAUAUUUGAAUAUACACCAUCACUUGAAUGAUGUCUGAUGCUUUAACAGAUCUGUACACUAUAUAAUGGCCUUCUCACCUUCUCUUCCCUGUUUGUGUGAGAAGAACAUAAUGUCCACCUUCCCAGAGUGCCUGUUUUGUAAAUAUUUAUAUUUAUAUAAUGGCUUUUUAUACCUUUUGUAUUUUGGAAUUGGCGUCAGCAUGGCUUACCAUGUGUUUGUUAUGGUCAACUGUCAUGUAUCCACUACCAGUGUGUUUUUUAAAAAGAUUUUAAAGGGAAUAAUUUGUUCUGUAAAACAAAUUAUUUAUGAGGGAAUUGUGCCUUUUGUAUAAAAGCAGAUUGGAUUUAUAUAUGGUGGUAUUAUUAUGCUUUGGAAGGUAUUUUCAUGUGUGUCUUAUAAAGUAUAGGACAUCAUGUUCAAUGGUAGUAUUUUCAAAACUGCCUCAAAAAUCACUUUUCUUGUUAUAUAGCAAUCUAUUAACAAGUGUCUUACCACACUACCAAGCUUAUUUUUCACAACAGAUGAACUUGAAAGGGAGCAUUUGCUCCUCGAGUACACUACUGGUGUACCGAGGAUUUUCAGAAAUCCUGGUUGAAAGAUUCCCAGAAUCAGGAGGGAUACGCAGGAAAUCUGUGGAUGUUCCAAACAGAAUUUCUGGAAACUUGGUGAUUUUGGGAAAGUUCCCCUAAUUCAGCAAUUCUAAGCAGAAGUACAUUCUUUAUGACCACUAACAGUUUUCAAUGUCUUUAUUAAUCAUAAGAGAAAAAAGUUGAAUAUCCAUAUUCACUUAUAUCAUCGCUGGCCUCACUGUGCCAACCAGCUUCUCCCUGUAUCCAUUACUAAUUGAGCACAACUUGUAUGUCUCCUGCCUUGUAUGUUGUGUUGUUUUUUAGUUUGACCUGUCAUAUAUACACUACAGGGUGUCACCAACCGCUAGCUAUGUAAUGGAUAUCAACAGGUUUUCAAUCAUAUAGAUGUUCUGAGUUGUUAUUGGAGUUUUUUCCUGAACAUGUGACCUGUCCAGAGUAUUUCCUGGCCAGGACUACUGACCCUAGAUAUAGUAAAUACCCAGACAAUAACAUAUCUCCCCUCUUCAUUCCUAGCUUUUACAAACAUCUUGUUAAAACAACAGCACUGUUUCCCUGCUAUUCUCAGUAGAUCUGAUUGUUUCUAUGUUACCGGUACUUUUUAUUAAGCCAUCCUGUGUAAAGAGAUGUUUUUUUUAUGGAAACUUUUCUGAAAAAGCUAAUAAAUUUUGCAAAGCAGA